GACUGGCUCUAGCCCAUAAAAAUAGCAUGUCGGUCAAAACUUUAACCUAAAUGCCGAUUGAUCUUCAGCCUUACCAAACCACUAAAAAUUCCAACAAACGAUCUGAUUGAACUACGACUCUACUUACAACCCAGCCCAGCCUCGAACAGCUCAAACAAUAUAUCGCGUUUAUACAAUCCCAUAUCGAUAUCAUUAUCCACAUCCAUAGCCACUCGACAAGAUGAGCGGUCCCGUCCACGACAUCCAAGCCCCUGGUAUCCAGGCACAGGGCGAAAUAUUAUUUCACAUGCGAAGAGAAGUCGCGCAGCUACUCAAUCGAUCCAAUCCCAGUUUCCCCGGCGCACAGCCUGUCAGUUUUACCAGACGUCAUCUCGAUGAAUUGACGCGACAAGAUUAUUACGUGUGCGAGAAAUCAGAUGGGUUUCGCUACUUACUCUAUCUGACCGACGAUGAGGCCCACGAAGAAUGUCAUUAUUUGAUCGAUAGAAGGAAUGAUUACUGGUAUGUACCUAAAGGGAGUCUUCAUUUUCCUAUUCCUCGCGACAUCGAAGGAUUCCAUAGAAAGACUUUGAUUGAUGGGGAAUUGGUCAUGGACAAGACCCCAAACGGGAUGCAGCCGAAAUUCCUCGUCUUCGAUUGUAUGGUGUUGGAUGGGAACAGUCUUAUGAAUCGCACACUCGACAAACGACUUGCAUAUUUCUCGGAAAGGAUCUUUUCGCCGUACCAAGAUCUCUUGCGCAACUUCCCUCAAGAGAUACCUUACUUCCACUUCUUGAUGGAGUUGAAGCGAAUGGAAUUUGGCUAUGCGAUGGAAAUGAUGUUUCGACAAACUCUACCAAACUUGCCGCAUGGAAACGAUGGCUUGAUUUUCACAUGCAGGAGUUCGGAAUACAAACAUGGAACAGAUCAAAACAUAUUGAAAUGGAAACCCGAAAACGAGAAUAGUAUCGAUUUUAAACUCGGGCUCGAUUUUCCCACCGUUGAGCCCGAUGCUAUGGAUCUCGCAGAAGGAAAUACAGAGCCAUACAUUGAUUACGAUGCCAUUCCGGUUUGCAACCUAUCCGUCAAUGCAGGCAAUGGAAAGGAUGAAUGGUAUGGAACUAUGCAUCUAGAACCAGAGGAAUGGGAGAAGUUGAAGGAACUCAACGAACCGCUCAACGACCGAAUAGUAGAAUGUUACAUGGACGACAAGAAAAGAUGGAGAUACAUGAAGUUCAGAGAUGACAAGGAGGUUGCAAACCAUACAAGUACAGUGGAGAGCGUUAUUGAAAGUAUCCGGGAUCGUGUAACGGAGAAGGAUUUAAUUGCCGCUGCACCUCGAAUUAGGGAUGCAUGGAAGAGGAGAGAUGCGGAGAAGAAAGCUGCUGCCGCUGCCGCUGCCGCUGCAUAAGUAUGUAAUGGGAAUCUCAUUGAUAGCGAAGGGUAUGAAAAUCGUAUUAGGCAUGUUUCUUUUGGAGACGAUCUUCAGGCGUUAGGCAAACGGAAAAGAAUCCUUAAUUGUACCUUAUUGUAUAUUACAUGGAACAGCUGUUACCGUCUGGUGCAAGCGAAAGGGGAAUGGAGCAAACGAUAGGAAAUGAUACCCUUUGAUGACUAUUGAUGUUCA